UUCGACUUCCACUUGAGCCAAACAAACGAGACUCCCGAAAGGAUAAAAAAAAAAAAGAAUCCCCCUAGUGGCAUCUCCUGCGGCUGAGUGUAGCAGCGCGGUGAAGAAGAGGCUGUGGAUUUGGAUUAGAGGGUUGGGCUGCCUGCUGGUAGGAAACCUGCCGCCAGACAUCCAGUUUGUCUCCGGCGGUGCAGCGUUGCUUUCCCGCAGCAUCAGCAGCAGCGACACCGCAGCGCAGCCUCCAGUCUCACCUGCUCCUCAUCUGCGCUUCCCUCCGCCUCCGUCCAGACAGAAACACUGCAGCAGCACAGAGUAAACGGACGGACAAGGACGAUCCGCUGAGCAGUCUUCAGGGAAAUAAGGGACUGUUUAAGGGCAGUGAAAGAUGGUGAAACUGGGAAGUAAUCUUCAAGACAAAGGAGCCAAACCUGUGAGCGUGGAGGACGGCUUUCAGAAUGUGCCCCUCAUCACUCCACUGGAUGUUGGCAGCCUCCAGAGCCAAGCACCUGACAAGGUGGUGGUGAAAACUCGCACGGAGUACCAGACAGAGAAGAAGAGGCUGAAGGUUCCCAAGGUGGAGGAGUUCACCAUCAGCUUUACUGACGGGGUGUCUGAGAGACUUAAGGUGACGAUUCUGAUCAUCCUGGCCCUGGCCUUCCUCGCCUGCAUCGUGUUCCUGGUGGUUUAUAAAGCCUUCACUUAUGACCAUGCCUGCCCAGAUGGAUUCAUUUAUAAGCACAAGCGGUGUAUCCCAGCCUCUCUGGAGGCCUACUACGCUGCCCAGGAUGCCAACUCGAGGGGCCGUUUCUACACAGUGAUUAGCCACUACAGCAUGGCCAAGCAGACCACCUCGCACUCUGUCUCCCCCUGGCUGCCUGGAGGGGCGAGUGGGCAACAGCAUGACACGAAACCCCCGAGUAGCGAGGGCCACUGAGUUAGCUGAGUUGAAGGGUGUUGUAAACAUAUACAGACACAUGCAGACAUAUAGAUGCAGACAUACACAAACAUGUUGGUGAAUAUUUAGAAAAAAUAGACAAAAGAAACGCAUAAACACAACAGCUACACAUGUAAUAUCAAUAUAGAGUGAAAACAUGCAUGCAGACAUAAAACCACACACAAGUACAUGCUAUGUCAUAUUCUGAUUUACCUUGACUGCCCAUUUAUGUGCUCACUCUCUUAUCAGGGUGCAUUUCCCAUUGAACCUUUGCUGUCUUGGGAUUAUCAUUGUCUGCUAAUACUGUACACACACACACACACACACACACACACACACAGUCUGCUCUCUCGUUACCAUGUUUACUCCCUUCCUCUAAUUUAUUAUUUAUUGACUGCCAUGAUAUAUUUAUUUUUUACAGUGAUGUGUGGAUGAUUUGUAUGUGAUGAAUUUCAAGCUUCCUCUGAGAUUUUAUGGAGUUUGGAGUCUUUUUUUUCUCAUGCGUGUAUACUGUAGUUAUUGUACUUUUUUAUUCAUGACUUCUUUUCUUUUCUUGCCUUUCUUGUCCAAACUGAGUAACCUCAGGCACAUCUGUCAAACACCACAAAGACACACACACACACACACACGCAAACACAUAUCACUUAAUAUACUGCAAUCCAAAAAAUGUCAGUAUGGUCUUGUAUUGCUGUAACACAUUUUUAAACACAAAAUUUCAGCUGUACUGUCUGAGGAAAGUUUGACGCUGGUGUCCACAUCCUGAGUUGAUUGAAUGAAUUUUCCCAUCAUGGCUGUUUGAUAGCUCAUAAUACAGUGACAUUUCAGUGUGCUGUGCUAUACAUUUUAAAUCCUGAAAUCCCCCAGUGACCCAAGCUGUACAUACAACUGUGCGUUCAGGCUAGUUUUUUGUAUGUAUGCAUUGUAGUAGUUUUUUUUUAGGUUUUUCUUUACAGUUCCUUCAUGCAAGUUACUUACAUAUUCCUUUAGCAGCCAGUCUUGUAGCUCCAUUAAACACAAUGUUGCUGAUGGGAAAGAAAAUACCGUGCAUACCACAGUCUCUUGCCAAAACUCUUAUUUUAUGCUGUGUUUCUAGUUAUAUUAUUUGAUGGGCUUCAACAGCCUCUACAGUUCCUCUACUGUUAUUUUUCAUUUUGUAAUGUUGGAUCUGUUUUCAAGAGCGCUUUUAUGAGAUAUUGUGAUGUUGUUAGUUGAUAUGUAGCGAUACUUGAUGUGAUUUCUCAUUGUGCAUCCUUGUCCCUCUUCUCUUGGUUAGAAUUCAAAAUAAAACAAGCUGUGACCUAU